AUGAAGAUCAAGUCAGCUGUGCAGUCAGAGAACCAAACCUCAAGCCAAGAAGGAGCCACCAAUCCAAUCAAGUCCUUGAACUAUCUGGUCAAGUCCAAACAGGUUAAAAGAUUUCCAGAUGUGUUUCCAGAUGAUUGCCCAAAAGGAUUGCCACCAGUCAGAGGCAUUGAGCAUCAAAUAGACUUUGUUCCUGGAUCCACACUUCCAAACCGUCCAGCAUACAGAACCAAUCCUGUUGAAACCAAAGAACUCCAGCGCCAAAUUGAUGAGCUUAUGGAUAAGGGUCACAUCCGGGAAAGCAUGAGUCCUUGUGCUGUUCCUGUUCUUCUUGUGCCCAAGAAAGAUGGGAGUUGGCGCAUGUGUGUGGACUGCAGAGCCAUCAACAAUAUCACUGUAAAGUAUCGACAUCCUAUCCCUAGACUUGAUGAUAUGCUUGAUGAGUUGCAUGGUUCUAGCAUUUUCUCUAAAAUUGAUUUAAAAAGUGGUUAUCAUCAGAUUAGGAUGAAAGAAGAUAAUGUGGUUUUUCUAGGCUUUGUUGUGAGUGCAGAUGGAGUCAAGGUGGAUGAAGAGAAAGUUGCAGCAUCAGAGAAUGGCCAAGUCCUAAGACAUCAUCAAGAAAGAAGUUGGAUUCAAGUGGGAGAAAGCACAGGAGGAUGCUUUCCAGCUCUCAAGGAUCGCUUGACUAAUGCCCCUGUUCUUAUUUUACCUGACUUCUUGAAAACUUUUGAGAUUGAAUGUGAUGCUUCAGGUAUAGGCAUAGGAGCUGUCUUGAUGCAGGACAAGAAGCCAAUUGCUUUCUUUAGUGAAAAGCUUGGAGGAGCCACUCUCAACUAUCCAACCUAUGACAAAGGAACUCUAUGCCUUGGUCCGCGCCUGCAAACUUGGCAACACUAUCUCUGGCCAAAGGAGUUUGUCAUCCACACAGACCAUGAAUCUCUCAAACAUCUCAAGGGCCAACAAAGCUCAACAAGAGGCAUGCCAGGUGGGUUGAAUUCAUUGAGACAUUCCCAUAUGUCAUCAAGUACAAAAAAGGGAAGCACAUGGAGGAGGCUUGAUGGGACACUUUGGUGUGGCCAAAACACUUCAAGUCAUGAGGAUCAUUUUCAUUGGCCGCACAUGAUCAGAGAUGUGGAGAGGAUUUGUUCUAGAUGUGCAACUUGUAAACAAUCCAAAUCUAAGGUUCAACCUCACGGUUUGUACACUCCUCUCCCUAUUCCAUCUCAUCCCUGGACUGAUAUAUCCAUGGAUUUUGUGCUUGGAUUGCCUAGGACUAGAACUGGAAAAGAUUCUAUCUUUGUGAUAGUUGAUAGGUUCUCAAAAAUGGCUCAUUUUGUGGCAUGUCGUAAAACUGAUGAUGCAUCUCAUGUAGCUGCUCUGUUCUUUAAAGAGAUUGUUAGAUUGCAUGGCAUGCCGCGCACCAUUGUUUCUGAUCGUGAUACAAAGUUCCUGAGUUAUUUUUGGAAAACUUUGUGGUCUAAGUUGGGUACUAAGCUUUUAUUUUCUACUACUUGUCACCCUCAAACUGAUGGCCAAACUGAAGUUGUUAAUAGAACUCUUGGAACUUUGUUGCGCGCCUUGAUUAAAAAGAAUCUUAAAAGUUGGGAUGAAUGUUUGCCACAUAUUGAGUUUGCAUAUAACCAUGCUGUGCAUUCUGCUUCUAAGUUUUCUCCAUUUGAAAUUGUUUAUGGGUUUAAGCCCAUCUCUCCUUUGGAUUUGAUGCCUUUGCCUUUGAGUGAAAGAUUAAGCACAGAUGGAAAGCACAAGGCAGAGACAGUCAAGAAGAUCCAUGAGCAAGCCAGAAGGAACAUUGAGGCAAAACCAAGCAAUGAACCAGAUUUGAGGACAAAUCCUUUUCAAGAGGGAGGGGAUGAUAUGAUCAUGGAGGAGGUUGCUAGGAACUUGGACCAGGAAGCAGCUGGAGAGCUUGUAGCAGAGGAGGAGCAGCUUGAACCUGAGGAAGCUUUGGAAGCUUGA